UCCAUACUUGAAUUCAUUCUAUUACAUGCUUCGACUAGUUGGAGGACAGAUAUGGUGUUAUCUAAAAGAACGUUAUAGAAAUGUCGUUCCUCAUUAUUCUUGUAGAUGGCUAUCUUCAACGUUAGAGUUACGAACGGAUAACACCAAGCUGGACUUGGAACAAUUUAGUCGUGACGUAGUUGCUGGAAAAACUUACGCUUUAGCAAGAGCCAUCACUUUGGCCGAGUCGAGAAAGCUGGAACAUAGUCAACUUGCGGCAGAGUUGCUUGACCGAUGUAUUGCACUUCGAGGUAGUACAAAGGAAACUUUUCGAGUUGGAAUCAGUGGCUCUCCUGGUGUUGGCAAGUCAACAUUUAUAGAGUCACUUGGUUGUCAUAUAACCAGAGACUUGAACAAGAAGGUAGCAGUUCUAGCUGUGGAUCCUAGUUCUAUCAUCAGAGGUGGCUCAAUAUUAGGAGAUAAAACAAGAAUGAACAAGUUAGCUACGGAACCGAAUGCUUAUGUGAGACCUUCACCUAGUGGAGGUACUUGGGGAGGACUUGCAAGGCAUACCGAUGAAGUCAUCACUUUAUGUGAAACGGCAGGAUAUGAAGUUAUUCUAGUUGAAACUGUAGGAGUUGGACAAUCAGAAGCUGCAGUUGCAGACGCAGUCGAUAUGUUAAUAUUGUUGGUAUCUCCUGGUGCUGGAGAUGAGUUGCAAGGAUCCAAAAAAGGAAUUCUUGAACUUGCUGAUAUUGUUGUGGUGAAUCGUGCGGACGGAAGUACUAAACUGAUGGCUGCAAAGACCAGACAAGAAUAUUUAAGUGCCAUUGAACUCCAACAACCUCGUCUAUCCUUUUGGAAGACUCCAGUUUUAUUAUGCAGUUGUAUAGAAAAGAAAAUGGAACCAAAUGCAGCUCAAGAGAUGUCAUCAGAAGAUCAUUGGUCAACCUCGUCUCCUAUACUUUCACCUGUCGAUAUUUGGAAGGAAGCCACUCAGUUUCAUCAAUUGAUCACGCAAAAUGGAGUCCUAACUGCUGAAAGAGGAAAGCAAAGAAGUCGAUGGAUGUGGUCAGUCAUCCGCGAGUCGAUUGUUCCUAGAAUGAAACGCCAAACAAGUAUUCAAAAGGAAUUACCUAAUUUGGAACAACAACUUGCAAAGGGUGCCAUAUCUCCCAGAAAAGCUGCCUUAAAUUUGUUAGAUAUAAUAUUCCAAUCAUAUUCGUCAUCCAGCAAAAAUUAGAGAAGCGCUCAUAAAGAAAGUGAGUUUUAUCCUG